UGUUUUCAAAAUUUUGUAUUUGAUUUGAAAUUGGUGUGUUUAAAUCCAUGUGGUUUUUGAAUUUUUGUAUCGGUUACUGUUUUUAAUGGAAAUUUCUUCUAAGCAUCAAAAAUCAAGCAAAAAACGUAAAAGAAAGAAGAAACUUAUUACUGAAAACGGUCUUGAAGCCGUUGUGAAGCCAGAAUGUUUUGAUGGUUUAACAAAUUGGACAAAAUUACAGCAGGUAAGAAGUUUUCUUUCGCAUACUAAGAAGUUCUUAUUGGGAAUUCUCAUCACAUUUGUCCACUUCUCGACCAUUUUGUGUGAUAUCAUUUCUCAAACUUUAGCUCAAGUCCGAAACUGCUUGUCCAUUAUUUCACAAAAAGUGCUGGAAAAAAAUACUAAGGAGAGAGUUUCUGAAGACUCGAAAUCUGCAGGCCAGUCUCGCUUUUCAAAGUCAUAUAAGAAAAAGCGUACAAAUAAAAACAGUCAAAAUAAGAAUUCUUCUAAAAAGAUGAAAACAGUUGAAGAAUUUGAGUUUGAUUUUAAUAAAAGGAGAGACUCAAAUUCUGCAGAUACUGACGUCAUUGAUAAUGAAGAAACAGAAAGAAUCGAUUACACAGGCUUAACAAAGACAGUGGCUCUAGAUUGUGAAAUGGUAGGGGUUGGACCAAAAGGAAAAGACUCCAUACUUGCAAGAGUCUCUAUUGUAAAUGCAUUUGGAAAUUGUAUUUAUGAUGAAUAUGUGAAACCCAAAGAGAGAAUAACUGAUUAUCGUACGGAAGUUAGCGGUGUUAGACCUGCAGACUUACAGAAAGGAAAAGAUUUGUAUGAAGUACAGAAAGAUGUACUAUCUAUAAUCGAUGGCAGAAGAGUUGUUGGACAUGAUCUAAAACAUGAUUUUGAUGUAUUGUUCAUUGGCCAUCCUCGUUCAUUAAUUAGAGAUACAUCUAAAUACAAACCUUUCCGGGAGUUAUCAAAUGGUCGAACGCCAUCUUUAAAGAAAUUAGCGUCUGUGAUCCUUAAUUUAGAUUUUCAAUCAGGAGAGCAUAAUUCUGUUCAAGAUGCACAAGUAGCAAUGAUGCUGUAUCUAAAACAUAAAAAAGCAUGGGAAAGAUCCAUAAAACGAAAUCGAAGAAAAUGAUAGCUUAUCUAAAGUUGUUUAUUUAUUUGAUUGAAAUUGUAAAUAAUACCUUUUUGAUUAUAUUCCCAUUUUUUAUAAAUAAAGGCUUUUAUUAAAAUUUUA